AUGGGCAGCAUUGAUUGCAUGUAUUGGGAGUGGAAAAACUGCCCGGUGGCGUGGAAAGGCCAGUUCACUACUGGUUUCAAAAGCAAUCAUCCUUCAAUGAUCCUGGAAGUCGUUGCUGACUACCGUUUGUGGAUCUGGCAUGCGUAUUUCGGUGUUGCAGGUUCGAACAUCGACAUCAACGUUCUGCAGUCGUCGCCUAUCUUCAAUGAUGAGUGCCGGGGAGAGGGUCCAGAGAUCAGUUUCGUAGAAAACGGCACGCAGUAUCGCAUGGAAUACUAUUUGGCAGAUGGAAUAUACCCUCAAGAUGAAGGAUUUGCUGCAGAACGUUGGGCACCGGAAGAUGGUGCAAGUUCAAGUCACGGCGUUGCCUCCGCGCCGAUACAGAUGGGUGUACCACGUAGUAAUGAAUAUCUGAUCCAACGUUUCGCUGAUAUACGCAGGAGCACAGCACAUGACCAACUCCAGGUCGAUUUGAUUGAAGAGGUCUGGGCACGUAGGGGAGGCGGCGUAGCGUGA